CAGCACAGGGUGCGCGUGCGCCGAACCCAGCGCGCUCUGCGGCGCGGUCCGCGGUGGAGGCGGCGCGAGCUGUGAGCCGGACGCCGAUGUCUCUGCGGGGCCCGGCGGUCUUGGGACCUGGUUCCCGAGGGUCGUUGGACGAGGCUGGGGCCGAGGACCGCGAGGCGUCGGCCCUGGCGGCGGCGGGAGCCGCUCUGGAGGACGAUGAGGACGAUGGCCGCCGCCGGGGCCUGCUGCGCUGGGACGGCUUCUCGGCCUGGCUGCACUGCGUGUGUGUGGUGGGCUUCGACCUGGAACUGGGCCAGGCGGUGGAGGUAAUUUAUCCUCAGCAUUCCAAGCUUACUGAUAAAGAAAAAACCAAUAUUUGCUAUUUGUCUUUUCCAGAUUCAAAUUCAGGUUGUCUUGGAGAUACCCAGUUUUGUUUUAGAUUUCGACAGUCUUCUGGGAGGAGGGUGUCACUGCAUUGUCUCCUCGAUCAAUUUGACAAAGAUUUACCAGUUUACUUAAAGAAAGAUCCUGCUUAUUUUUAUGGAUAUGUGUAUUUUCGACAAGUUCGAGAUAAAACUCUUAAGAGAGGCUACUUUCAAAAGUCAUUAGUUUUGAUCAGCAAACUACCUUAUAUUCAUUUUUUUCACACCGUACUCAAACAGAUAGCACCAGAGUAUUUUGGAAAAAAUGAACCUUAUUUGGAAGCAGCUUGUAAUGAUGUUGACCGAUGGCCUGCCCCAGUGCCAGGGAAAACAUUACAUCUGCCUAUCAUGGGGGUGGUAAUGAAGGUACGGAUUCCCACAUGCCAUGACAAGCCUGGGACAACUCAAAUGGUGCAGUUAACUCAGCAGGCAGACACACAAAUAUCUGUUAUUUUGCCUACUGUUCAUGAGGUGGAUCUUUUCAGGUGUUUCUGCCCAGUUUUCCUUCACAGUCAGAUGCUUUGGGAGUUGGUGCUGUUGGGAGAGCCCCUUGUGGUCAUGGCACCGUCACCAUCAGAAUCCUCAGAAACUGUACUGGCCCUUGUGAACUGUAUUUUGCCAUUAAAAUACUUCAGCGAUUUUCGACCUUACUUUACAAUUCAUGAUAGUGAAUUCAAAGAAUAUACUACACGUACUCAAGCUCCGCCCUCAGUCAUAUUAGGAGUAACCAACCCUUUUUUUGCUAAAACACUCCAGCACUGGCCGCACAUUAUUCGAAUAGGAGAUCUGAAACCUCCAGGUGAAAUUCCUAAGCAAGUUAAAGUGAAAAAAUUGAAGAACCUAAAAACUCUGGAUUCUAAACCUGGAGUUUAUACUUCUUACAAGCCAUAUCUAAACAGAGAUGAAGACAUCAUAAAGCAACUCCAGAAGGGUGUGCAGCAGAAACGUCCUUCUGAGGCUCAAAGUGUUAUUCUCCGACGCUAUUUUUUGGAACUGACACAAAGCUUCAUUAUUCCAUUGGAAAGAUAUGUGGCAAGCUUGAUGCCUUUGCAGAAAACUAUUUCUCCCUGGAAGAGUCCACCCCAAUUAAAACAGUUUCUUCCGGAAGAAUUUAUGAAAACACUUGAGAAAACAGGACCUCAACUCACCUCUAGAAUAAAAGGCGAUUGGAUUGGACUUUACCGGCAGUUUCUAAAGUCUCCAAAUUUUGAUGGCUGGUUCAAGACUCGGAGGAAAGAAAUGACCCAAAAAUUGGAAGCACUUCAUCUAGAAGCUCUCUGUGAAGAGGACCUCCUUCUUUGGAUCCAGACACAUACAGAAGUAGAAACAGUAGACCUUGUACUGAAGCUGAAAAAUAAGUUGUUGCAGGCUGACCGAGAGAAUUUACCAGUGAAACCUGACACUGUGGAAAAGUUACGGACACAUAUAGAUGCAAUUAUCUUAGCUUUGCCAGAGGACCUGCAAGGCAUACUGCUCAAAACUGGCAUGACAUGAUAUUUACCAGGAUUUUCCAUCCACAAAGGACUGUGCACCAUGAAGCAUACUGACAUUUCAUCCAGAUGCACAAAGGAGAUCUCUUGGGGACAAGUGGAAUGGAAAGUAGCCGUGAUUGCUAGAUGCAGGUGGAAAGACCAAGUUGUAAAAACAGACAUUUUAGUGCAUUAUUUUUACAAAUGGCAUUCUGUGGUGGUUCCACUUUAAUACUGAAAUACUGGAAGGUAUUUCUACAUUUUUAAUCAUGUUCUAAAGUGCUCUUAUGAGAGACCUGUGGGGCCAUCAGUGUAAGUGAUUUCAAAAUGCAGUGCUGGCACUGCAGGUGUCUUUUUAAAUUGGUGCUGCUCUGCCCAAUCAUGUUGAAACUCAGGGGGAUAUAAAAAUAACAUUCACGCUGGCUGUCUUCUUAAGAACGAAAAAACUGAAGUUCCCAACUAUAGUUAGGAGUAAUUGAGGUGUAUAUAGUGCCUUCUGCUGUCCUGUAUAUUUCACAGAGUCCAGCUGCUAGUCCUAAAGCUUUUUCUUAGCUGAUUAUGAUACAUAAUUUUAGCAUAAUGGGUGUUUGAAAUUGUUAUACAGGUUUUCAUUUUUCUGUUAUCUUUACCAUUUUCAAAAUGUAGUCUUAUGAAUUUCUCCAAAGGAAGAAGGCGUAUAGAGGAUUCGUUAUGGAAUAGUUGAUUUUCUCUUACUUUUUACUAAGUGGGCCUGUACAAAUUAAUUAGCUUGAAUGUCUUUUGAUGACAUAAUUAUGAACCUCAUAAUCAGCUGUUUUUUAAAACUGAAUUAUUCUUAAAGGCAUUCAUAAGCUAUUAAUGUAAUAGUUAUUUUAUGAUUUUAAGUUUAGCUUGCAACAUUAUUUGUUGGGUAAUAUUAUUUAUCCCAAAUUAAUGCUUUUCAGAACACUUUGCCUAUUCUUGUUUGACAUGGGAACUUUUGCCUAAAUCAGUGUUAUAGUUUUUGUGGUUUUUAUUUCUGUUUUGUUUAUACUACCUUGCCAAAAGUAGAGUGUUGUUUAGUAUACUAAGAUUGUUUUGUUUGUAUUUGAAUGGAAAUAUCUGCAGAAGCCACUGUUCAAAUAGGCACACAUGAUGUAGCACAUAUGUAAAUAGCUGUGUCUUAAGCAUCCUCUGAACAGCCAAAAUUAGGUGUAUGUAUUUAUAAAAGAACGGCUUCAGAAGCCAUCUCCUGUUCUGUUAGUGUUACUCCUAUGGGCAUUCCUGAUCCAAGAAAGGUUCCUUGUGUUUGUGACUAUGGUCUAGUACCUAGGUGUCCGCUUUAGUCAUGGAUGCAGUCUCUUGAAGCACAUCUCGAUGUUGUAGAAAGAAUGUGGUGUUUGGAAGAAAGUGUUUGCUGAGGCUCAUAUGGAUUACUUUGUGAAACAACAUUGACCUUUCAGAAAAAGGGGCAACUACUUUUAUAUGCUAAAGUAUUUCAUAACUUUCUGGGAAACUUUAUUUAGGUAUAAAUGGUCAUCUUAUUAUUUUUCAAAAAAGUGUAUUUUAAUAAUCACAAUUUAUAUACAGUUUGUGACAUGAAUUUGAAAGUUGUUAGUGUCAUAUCAAGGACCUUUUAAAAUAUACUUCUACAGGAUGUAUCAUUUUAAGUUUAUUGUGCACAGCUAAAGAAUAACAUGAGAUGCCAAUUAGCAUGAUAAUGUAUUUACAUUUACUGUAUUUAACUGAAACUUAACACAUACUGAAAGCCAGAUCACACUCAUCCACUGCAUCUCUUAAUUUCCAAUUAUGUACCUGCAAGAAUAACUUAAAGUUGCAUUAGAAACCUGAGGAAGACUGACUGGUACUUAAAAAUUUUAUGUGAUUUUUUUUUUUCAGUUUCUCUCCUCUUCUCUUCUAUUCUCUCUUCUCUUCUCUUCUCUUCUCUUCUCUUCUC